ACCGAGUUGGUGAACAGCAAAGGACUGAGAAAGAGAGGGAAAGAGAGAGAGGCAGCUGUAAAAGGCAGUAGUCAAUCACUCAGCACAGGCAGCCGGGGGGAGUGAGAGAGAGAGAGAGAGAGAGAGAGUGCAAGAGUUUAGAGAAGCAGCCAGUUGUUCGUCCCUCACUUCAAGCUCUAAGUUUAUAGGCAGCCAGGCAGAUUUUCUUGGCUUAGAUGCAGCGCUCAUGACAGGAUUAGGAGCCGGGGACGUGGGACCAACCGGAGAUCCACAGGUCCUAGUGGACGAGCCCGAGCCAAAAUCUCUCCCUGCACAGCUGUGACCGGCCUCCUGGGUCCUGUCACACAAUCUUCUGACAACAGUCUUCCGGGGUUGACCUGAUUACCAAGAGGCCUCCCUUCCACUCCUCUCCCAUCAUGCGUCUCCUCGUCACCCUCCUCCUCUUGCUGCUCCUCCGGUCAGCUGAGCCCAGGAGGGGCCCUCGGUCAGGCGCUUUGAAGAGGAGUGCCGGGAUCCGUGGACGGGGCAGAGGCAGGGCCGGAGUGAUGAGACGGCAAACUCAGGAGUGUAAGGAAUACAUGGAGGCGGGGGAGAAGUACCUAGACUGCCAGGACAGGCAGCUGACCACUGUGAUGGAGGACUGGCCCAAAGAUAUUCAGCACCUGCUGUUGGCAAGAAAUAAGAUUCAGGUUUUGAGGGACAACAUGUUCUCUCAGUUCACCAAGCUGAAGAGCUUGGACCUCCAGCAGAACGACAUCUCCAUGGUGGAGGAGGGAGCGUUCAGCGGCCUAUCCCAGCUUACCACUCUGCUCCUCCAGCACAACGGCCUGAAAACAGCCUCAGAGGAGGUCCUGCUUCCUCUCCCCCGCCUCACCUACUUCCGUAUCUAUGACAACCCGUGGAGCUGCCACUGCCCAUUGGACAGCCUGGUAAGGACCCUGCAGGUUCCCAGCAACCGCAACCUGGGCAAUUACGCCAAGUGUGCGGAGCCCCAGUCGCUGAGAGGCCAGAAGCUGAAGAAGCUGAGUGUGGAGUUGUUGUGUGACAACCAGGUGGACAUGAGGCCGGGGGUUGAAGAUGGUGGGCGGCCGAGGCCUCCGCCAUUCAAAGUGAAGUCAGAGGCCACAUCCAUGUGCCACACCUACAUGUUCCCCAAACCUCUGCUGGACUGCAGCAGCAAAGAUUUGAAUAACAUCCCCUCUGACCUGCCAUCUGACAUUGUGAAGAUGGAUCUGUCCAGUAACAGCAUCAAACAUCUCAGGCCCAAACAGUUCCUGCUGUCCAAAGACCUCAAGCUGCUCAACCUCAGCAGCAACAGCCUGCGCCAUAUAGACACAGCUGCAUUUGCGGGCCUGCUGUACCUUCGCGAGCUCGACCUCUCCAACAACAGCCUCCAUUACUUCCAAUAUGGUGUACUGGAGGACCUCUAUUUCCUACGCAAGCUCACGCUGGAGAACAACCCCUGGAUCUGUGACUACAACAUCCACUACCUGAUCUACUGGCUCAAGCACCACCCCGGCGUCUUCUACACUGGCCUGAUCUGCUCCGAGCCAAAGGAGUUCCGGGGGUGGCGCGUUGAGGAUUACGUCAAGACCUACAAUGGGGAAUGUCCCAAGGAUAAACAAACAGAAGGGACGGAUACAGGACAGGGAGGACAAGGGGGAACAGACAAUGAGGCACAGGAGGUGGUGGAGGAGACAGGUGAGGGGCAGGGUGAGCGUCUGCCUCGGCCACUGAAAGAGAAAAAUCCCAAAAGGUUUGAGAUCAUCAGGCUGACUUAGAAUGGAGGUGUAUCAGUGGACUGGUGUGGUUUAGUAUAGAGUGAGGAGCGUUGCCUUGCCAUGAAGAAACCGUCUUUUUUAAUGGAGGCCUGUGGACAGGCUAAAGAAUGGAUUAAUAAAGGUAGACUUAGUGAUUUGAUGUUUAAAUAAAAAUGUGACGACUAAAAGUACAAUUUUGGGAUAAAAUCCAUUAUGUGUGCUUAGGACGUCUUUUUAGUUAUCAGCAGUCUCCAUCUUGUGUGGAGAACAGAGAAACUGAUUUUGGAAAAUUAACAUGUUCUUAAAAGAUUAUAGUUGCAAUGUGAUAUUGCUAAGUUUACCUUUAAACCUUUAAACCUUUAAACAAAGAUGCAAUUGGAGCUUUUUUUCCCUUUGAAUUUUUCCCACACAAUAAACUGCAGGUGCUCUCUUUUUUCUGUUACAGUCA